AUGCCGCUGGAUGGGUUCUCGGGGUUGGCGAAGAAGUGGGAAAAGACGGAUUCCAUCCGUCGCCGGCUCUGCUUUGAUGGCCGCCUGCUCACUUGGUUGAAGCCGGAAGCUGUAGGUGUGCCCUCGUACGAAGCCGCCGUUCUCAACUACGACAUACUGCUACCGUACUUCGAGCAGUGGGUCACGAUUUGUUCGAAGCCUCGCUCCCCACGUGUUGGACCACUGGCUGCGGAGGCACUUUUGCAUUACCUUUUGCAGCUAUGGCACCUCAAACGGGUCUUGAUGGAAGUGUGGGCUCCGCAUCGGCUGGAUGAGCUGGACCAGGAAGACGAUGGUGACGAGUUCGCUGAUGAGGACCCCGAUGAGGCAUUGCUUCGAGGAGACAGCCUGACAGUUUCCGAGGAGAACGAUUCUCUUUGGGGGCAGGAGCUUGAGGCUUUGUCGCUUGAGGUUUCGGGGCAGGAGAACCAAGUCGUUGAGUCUGGUGAUUAUUGGGGAGGUUCGGGCGGAGUGAACAACGAUGAAGUGCCGGCAGCACUAGCUGAUGCGGAGCGGCCUGUGAACAACGAUGAAGCGCCUGCAGCACUAGCUCAUGUGGAGGGGCCUGAGGAUUCGGGGCCUGUGAACCACGAUGAAGCGCCGGCAGCACUAGCUCAUGUGGAGGGGCCUGAGGAUUCGAGGCCUGUGAACAACCAUGAAGCGCCCGCAGCACUAGCAGAUGUUGUGGACAUCUCAGAUGAUGACAGCCGGCCUAGCAAGCCGAUCCCUCCUCGAAACGAUCGUAUUGAGCUGAUCAAGAAGCGGUUGGAGAUGCUAAAGAAACUUGCCCAGACCAAGGUCACGACCAAGGAGGAACAGGAUGCAUUGAUGGCAGCUUUGAGGAAGGAUGAGCCCAAGGGUGGAGGCAAACGUGGCCGCGGCCGCGGCCGUGGUGGCCGUGGGAAAGGAGGUGGAAAGGCUGCAGACGAGCAGCCGAAGGCCGAGGAGACGACAACGGGGUCUGGGAACGGGGUCCCAGAGGCACAGAGCGCGAAGCAGACAGGCCGAGGGCGCGGCCGUGGUCGAGGCCGUGGAGGGCGAGCAAAGGCCGAGCAGCCGGGGGCGGACGAGACGACAGAGGGGAUUGCGAACGGGGAGCCAAAGAAGAAGAAGGCAAAGGCAACCAAGGAACGAGGGGCCGAGGAGACAUCCGGAAAACCGGCUGCCGAGGCAUCCAAUGCUGUGGUUCCUUCGGACCCAUCAUCGGCGUCCGUGGCCACAGCUCCGAAUGGAUCCAGUGCUCUGGCUCCGAGCGAGCCAUCGUCGGCAUCCAAUGCUGUGGUUGCAUCGGAGAAACCAAACAAGCGCAGCAAGAAGGAUAACAAGGGUGAGAGAUCGAGAGGGGAUGUGCCCAAAUUCAAGCAUGUAGAACUCAGUAUAUACUGGACUAAGCAUACGGUGGGCCUCAAGCCGAAGAAUGGACCCGACAAGGGCAAACAGGUUAUCUCUGUGUCCAACAAGAAGGCAACCUUGUCCCAGAACAUCAAGUAUGCUGUGAUGAUGGCUGCUGUCCUCGAAGCCGGUGAAGGCAGGAUGACUCCAGAGGUCAAGGUCAACGUGGAGCAGAUGAAGGUGGAUUUCCUUGGCAUGAGUGAUGAAGCCAUUUCAAACUUUUAG